AUGCUGCACUCCUCCCCCCCCGGAAUGACCCUCCGCAACGACUGCUGCCGCCAUCCACCAAACAGACCUCCCCCUCCCUCCUCCGUCUUCACUCCCCACCAACCCGAACCCGCGCCAGAUCCUGCUCCAGCUCCAGCUCCAGCUCCAGCUCCUCAUCCUCAUCCUCCUUCUACGGCCACCCAGAUAUAUACCCCCGCAAACCCCAACGGCAAUGGCCCCUCGCAUCUGCUCUCCGCCUAUCUCGCCCCGUCGCAAUCUACCAUGGACGCCCGGUCAGGGCCCGGCUCCAGGACUACACUUCCACUCACCAUCCCCCGGCUUCCUUCAAUGGCGGGACAUUCGAACCCCUAUUUGCAGAGGAACAGGAACGGCAGGAGCGCGGUUUAUGAGGAGGAUGUGGAUGUGGCGGAUGAGAACGAUGUCGAUGCGGGGGUCGCAGCGACGGAUGGGGAGAAUGCCUUUUUCAUCCUGCUCCGCCUCUCCUUCGUCGUCCCACCCUUCUCCCUCUUCGCAGCCCUGUACACCCUGUUCACCCUGCUCUUCCUCCUCCUCACCUCCCCACUCCGCCUCUGCCCACCAAACCGGGGGCCCUUCUUCAAACACCCCCUCUCAACACAGAUAUCCUCCCUCCUCCUCCCGCUCCUGCACUCCCACCAGCGCCUCAUUGACCCGCAUCGAAAACCCCCCUUGCACCCCCAUCUCCAUAACGAUGGCCGCAGAUAUAAGAAGAAACAUAGACACGACAUCGAUUAUCGGCAAAAACCCGCAACGACGACGGAUAUGCACCACGCCCCUUGCCCAUCCGCUUCCAUCCCCUGCUUCUCACCACCACCACCCACCCCCGCACCCCCACACCCACAUCCACACCCACAUCCACCGCAACAGCAACAACAGCCACAGCCAUCAACCCACUCUCACUCUCACUUCCCAACCCUCCUUGUCCUCAUCCUCAUCCACCUCCUCUCCCCCUUUCUUCUCGCCCCUUUGCUCUUGGCAAUGUGGAUCGCCUCCUUCUUCUGGGUCUUUGCGAUGAUCGUGGGCAACCCCGAUGGUACCGAGAGGAGGGAUGAUGGGCGCGUGGCAGUGUUGGGGGUGAGGAAUUGGUGGGCCGGUUGGCUUGGGAGGGGGAGAAGGAGAGAGAGGGGGGAUGAGGGGUUUGAUUUUUGA